AGAAACAGAUCUCUUUGUUGAAUGAGCUUGAUGAAGAAACAGUUUGCCGAAACAAGUCGAAGCUCCGCCGUGGCAGAAAACAUUACAGAGGAUAUUAUCAUCGACAUACUGUCAAGGCUACCGGCCAAGUCCUUGAUGCGAUUCAAGUGCGUAAGCAAGCGAUGGCGAUCACUGAUUUCUGACCAGCACUUUGCAAAAUUGCACCUACAAAUGCUCAGCUUGGAGACCGUAGCCCCUAGCCAGAAAAUCAUCAAAAGCAACCCGCUUCAAAUCAUAGACUAUGAAGCACUGGACGACGAUGAGGUCAAUGAUCAUGUGGUGGUAGAGUCUCAUGACUUGGGAAGGGAUGAACCCCGGGGGCUCGCGGGGUCGUGCCAUGGCUUGGUGAGUUUGGCUGUCUACGGUGGAUUUCUCGUGUAUAACCCAACCACCAGGGAGUCCAGGAAGUUGCCAGCUUCUAAUUUAGUUGCAACAUACGAGUGCUUCCAUGGGUUCGGUUACAUCUCCACAACUGAUGACUACAAACUAGUACAUGGAGCUUUCUUUACAGCAGAUGAUGGCUCUGAGGAAUGUGUAUUGGAGAUAUUUUCGCUCCGAUAUGGUUCCUGGAGAAGGGUUCCAAGCGAAGAUGUUCCCCUGUUGGAUGGAGUUGGAAUUUAUCUGAACGGGGCUGUUCAUUGGAUCGUGGAUCAUGGAAGCGGAUAUAGGACAGAGCAAGCGAUCAUUCCAUUUGGUUUAGCGACGGAAACAUUUGAAGAGGCAAUUCCAAUCCCCAAAGUCGAAGGUGUACUUUUUGAAGGUGUGGGGAUUCACGAGGGACGCCUACUUAUUUAUGACUUCACUUCUAUAAGUUUCGAGGCUUGGGUCAUGAACGAAUACGGGAAAAAGGAAUCUUGGACAAGAUUAUUCAGCAUCCCAAUCGACGGUUUUCCAGACCAUAUUUUUUAUGUAAUCCCAAUAGCCUACACCCGGAGCGGAAAAAUUGUUUUCCAGAUCGAUGUGUCGGAGAUGAUUUUGUUCAAUCUGAAGGAUGGUACUUACAAGAAUUACCCCAUUGAAGAGCAUCAUAAUGUUGAGUCUGCUAUUUAUAUGGAAACUCUUGUUUCCCCCUAUAUUGGCCAUGAGCAAUGA